AUGUGGCGCAUGCACGCCCUCGCCACGCGCCACGCCCUCGCCGGCACGUGCGCCCUCGCUCUUGCGCCACUCGUCGGUUUCUUAGUUGGAAUAGCACAUACCUAUUGGGAGAUUUCAAGGUCGAUUCCAAUAAUUACCUUGUAUUUAUGGUCUCUAACAUUCUAUUCUCUCAUCAAAUCGGCAAUACCAUGUAGAGGAAUUCCAAGGGAUAUCCAUAUUAUAGACAUUAAAGAUUCAAAGGAAAUUCCCCUUGUUUACAAUACAUGCAAUUUCUCCAAAUAUUGCCACACAUGCAACGUGUGGCGUCCACACCGCGCCGCACACUGUUCUAAAUGCAAUUGCUGUUUCCCACAAUGUGAUCAUCAUUGCCCCUGGUUGAAUAAUUGUAUCCAUUACCAAAACUAUAGGUACUUUAUUACCUUCUUACUGAUGGGGAAUUCUACAAUGUUGUUAUUGAUGGUACUGUCAUUUCUCAAGAUCCACCUUGACGGAAUCCACUCCUCUAAAUGGGCCCUCGCUAAUGGAAUCCUCAUAUCUCUUACUUGGCCCUAUAUGGCGCUACUAUUGGGAUUCCAUAUAUGGUUGGGGGAGAAGGGUAUUACAACGAGAGAAUUCUUUGCCAAAUCCCCAAAGAGAAGUUGGUGUCUCACAGAUGCGGAUCAUGGUCUGCAAAAUAUCUCAAUGCAGUGGUUCCAUGGGAACUAG